AUGUCGACGACUCUGUCUUCGUGCCUACUCCUUCCAUCGCUGAACAAGGCCAUCUCGAAAGCCGCCCACGAAUUCGGCAUCGAUCAUGAGUGGAACCAAUACAAAUGGCAUGGCACCCUGCUGAUGCUGACCAGCCCCAUACCUCCUCAGCGACGUCACACCCCCAUUCCCGUGCGUCGUCACACUGGCAGACCGCAUCAAGUCAUGCUCUUAGCACCAUCGAACGAGGUAGUCAAUGAUCUCGCAGUUGGGAUUGAGGAAGCUCGUUUACAAUUCAUUCCUGACCGUGAGGCCAUCAUCGUCCGUUGUCAUGCACUCAGCACCGAGCAGGAUCUGCUAUUGAUGUCUGCUAAGAAGCAGCGUCCCCCGCCCGCCAAUGCCCAACCACACAUCAUCGCGGAAGAUCACUCGACUCGUGAUGACAGCCUCCUUGCGCAGGUUGCCCUUGCACAGAUGUUGUUUGACUUCCAACAAGCACAAACUGCGCAGCCACUGGGCGUUACCGACCAUCGGGUUAAGACAUCGAGCUGA